AAGGAGGGAAGGAAGGAAAGGCAAGGGUGUGUUUGGGGGGUCCUCCAUGGCGCAGGCGGCCCCUCUCAACCUGCUGGAGCCCGGCGGCGGCGGCGGCAGCGGCGGCGGCGGCGGCUUCCCCAUCCAGGUGGAGCACGAUCGGAAGCGGAGGCAGUUCACCGUCCGCUUGAACGGCUGCCAUGAUAAAGCCGUCCUGUUGUAUGAAUACGUAGGGAAGAGGGUGGUGGAUCUUCAGCACACGGAAGUCCCAGAUACCUACAGGGGCAGAGGAAUCGCAAAACACCUGGCCAAG